AUGAAAGUUCCAAUAGGCAUCUUGCGUUAUGCUGAGGAAAUAGCGGCUAGUGAUGCUAUUAAUGGUGUUGCCAUUUGUGUAGAUAUGGAUGACAUUUUUCGUCGAGCCGUGGCUUGCAGCCGGAAGAAUGUUAAAAGUGCUGGUCCCUUCGAUUCGUCUGCCAUUCCGCUUCCGCCUGCGUUGGGUCAAUGCGUUGGGCGUGUCAUCACUAAACUUUAUGAUGCCGUUAAAUGGCUCUUGGAUAUGAAAGCCAAAUGUGUAGCGCUUGUCUUUGGUGUAACGGACUCACUGGAGGAAGUGGCACUUCUUAUGCAAGUCUACAAACAUGUGAUGGAUCUCGUAGCGAGUCUUUCUGAACGUUGCCAAGUGUAUGUGAACCGCAGCGGCACAGCGCUAAUUGGCAUUCAGGCUCUACUCUCCAAUUGUCCGAAGAAUAGUGUAAAUAACAAAAAAAAGCGCGGCCUACUUCCACCGUGGAAGCGUUCACUGGUGUGCACAUCCGAUCCGUUAGGUGGGUUUAUGGGGUUUAAUUGCAUCGUGAACUUGCUUUCGCUUUGUCACGGGAAGGAGCCUUCUAUAGUUAAAGCAUCAAAACUCGUCGGAAGGUGUAAAUUGGAUGAUGCGGCGUCGCUACCGGUUUUUGCUCUCAUUGCCAGUAAAAAGGUUUCAACCACAGACACAACACCAUACCAUAUGAAAAAAGAAGAUAGGAAGGAAAUUGCUCUACCUAUUAACUGCCGGAAGGGUUUGCUCUCCAUUGAAUUACUUAAAGAUGUUGGAUUACUGCCAUCAGAGGAGUACCGAGAGGAGGAAACCCGUCAUUUGUUGUUUCAACUUAAGGCCGCGCUUGCUGAUUUGCGUGCUGAAUGCAUCAACCCGCCAGAGCUCUCCACAAUGACAAAACACCAAUAUUUGCUCCCGAUAUUGUUCCAUCGCAUGCAUCACAGCACGGUGCGGUUGGGGAAACGGCACAUGCACGAUCGGUUCUCACGAGCACGUUCCAUCAUUUUUCACACCCUUCUCACGGGCAGACUUGCACGAAUUAUUUAUGAAGAUAGUUCUUGUGCUGAUAGUAAUCGUAAUGAUGCCGCUGCAGCAGAAUCACAAAUUAUCCGAUGCCGCGUGGAGGACCCGAACCACAUUCAGUACAUCAAAAGCCCAUCCACCAGGGUUUUGAAAGAUGUGCUGAAGUUGAAAGUCGGUGACAGCGAGGAAAUGACGUCGGCCAUUACGGCCAAAGAACUUGAAGAUAUACGACGCAUUCCAGAGCAUCUUCAGUUAUAUGCUGCAGCUCUUAAAAUACUCUACCGCACCGGGAUUUUGACAGAGAUGGUUUGUCGGGCGGUAUGCCGCGCCAUAGUUUCGGUAACCCAUGAGAAAUACGAUAUUUACAAUGAUGAUAUGCACCAUAAGAAUAACAGGAAUGAUGAAAGCAUUGUCGAUGAGGAAAAGAAUAAACGACCAUCACCACAGGAAAUAUAUGACGGGCUUCAGGAGUUGCACGUGUGCUGGAUAUACGCCGCCCUCGCCAAUGACAUUUUGCAUCCUUCUGAAAUAAAACCAAACCUUUCACCCACGCCACUGGUGCGGUACACCGAUGCGUCGAAGGAGGAGGAGGACUUGAAGUAUCUCACAUCUGUUCUCUUCGUCUGA